AUACACGUUUUCUUGAUUUCUUUUCGUACUGUCAAAGUGCUAAGUGUCAAAUAAUGUCAAAUUGGAUUUGUAGUGGAGUGUGUGGUCGUGUUUUUGUUUUACGAAAUAUAACGAUGUCGUGAAAUGUUUGAAUACAUGGAUUUAAAUGUAAUAAUAUCGAGAUUUGACUAUCGUUUGCAGUGAUGGUGUGUUGAUGAAAUGUCGUGAUAUUUUUUUUCUUAAUAACAAAAAUAGUAACUUAUCAACAUGACCAAGUACUAUCUAGCAGUAGUACUUGUACGGAUAGUGUUGCCUGUCAGUUUGUUACUUAGUAUAGCAUUACGACCGUUUGGCAUCUCAUUAGUAUAUCUACUGCUGUUUUUAUUAGCACCGCUCACAUUUGUUCCGGACAGUCGAACAUUCAAAGGAUGGCGCGGCACAUAUUUGUUACUAACCGUAGUGUUAUCGUUCCUGUUGAUGUCCUUGCACAUAGCGUGGCACACACUGCUUGCAGUGACGGGUCCUUAUGGGUCCAUCCUGCAAGCCUACCCUAUACUCGAUAUUGUGGGCCACAAUCUGGGCUUUGUGUCUUACUCCUCAAUAGAUCCAUUUAUGGCCAUAAAUUACAUGCUACCCGAGAUUUUGAUGACGGCGAUAUCUCUAUUCGUAUAUGUCCUAGUCAAAAGGUUGGUGACGGGUCCUACCGCGCCGAUACCGUCUAAAUCUGACAGCAAACAUCAACAGUAUCCACUUGUAACAAGUGCAGGGAAAUAUAUCUGCCUGAUCUUAAUAAUGUUUUCCGCCAUCAUGCGACCAAGCAUUACGUCUGGGAUCUACUUCCUCGUGUUUAUGGGGUCGGCCACUGCGUGGGCCCUGGGCCAACCACUCAAUCGAGGGUUUGCAGUCGUCUGUCGCUGUGUCAUGGCCAUCAUGUCCGUCCACGUCAUCGUGCUAUUAGUAUACCAAUGCUCUUGGGUUGCAGAACUAUAUCCACCAGAAAAGGAAUUUGCUAGGUAUUUUGGCUUAACAAGACUAGUACUAAUCAACAGUACGAAUACAAAACUCUUUACUUACGAAGUAUCGGACGACCACAUGUGGGCAUCACUAGCGAGCCCUUUUGUCAUACUAUUCACUUAUUUCGUUCUCGCAAUCGAAACUCGACAACUGUUCAAACCGAAGGCGAAAAAAAAGAGCGCCCUAUCCGGCUUGGAAGAGGGUAAGCUGAACGGUUCGUUGGUGCGCGGCAUAUCCUUCCACCGCGGCAGUCGACGCGCCGCUCGGGAUAAAUGGAAGAAUGCCACUAAAAGAGUUCGAGGUGCACUUUCAUACGUAAAUACCAAAAUACCACGCAGUGAAGCCCGUGAGACCGACCCUCUUAUUCGUGUGAAUUCUUCGAAACGAUGGACAGUUACGCCGACCGGAUCCGCAACGAGACAAAUGCGGCAAGACUCCACAGGUUCCGUUGUUCUACAUGAAGAUGAAUCUGUAAUAGAAGAAAGUGAGCCUACUUUGAUGGAUGACAUUUUAACAGCAAUCGUUGAUUUCUUCCAAGUUCUAGUCAGGUCCUCGUACAUAGCUACGACGAUCACGAUGAUGGCGUGGAGUAUAAUGUUCCAUUCGUGGCUGACCUUCGUCUUCCUCAUGUGGGCGAACAUCGUGUGGCUCUGUCACGACCAGCGUGGUUUCAUGCUGAAGACCAGCCCCAUACUCGUCUGCUAUGCGAUGUUACUGCUUAUAGCGCAAUACAUAUACGGCAUGAACCUUUACGAGACAGAAUUACCUAGUAAUAUUACGGAAGUGAAUCUCCAUCAGAUAGGUUUAGGUCGUGUUGAAGGGGAACCAUUCUUUCCCCUUUUGAUUAAGUCCUUGUUCACAUGCAUGUUUUGGGUGACACUACGCCAACGCAUCCAGGACAUAAGACAAAGGCGGCAGUCCUCUGUCAUCGCAGAUAUGGCGGCUCCUCUCCAACUCACUGCUUCCACUGCAGCUAGUGUAAUGGACGCGAGACGUGAGGAGGAGAGUCGUUCUCGUCUGCUGCGCGCACUGGGCGAGGUGAUGCGAGCGUUGUGCGCACGCUACUGGAUAUACGUCGUGGUCAUCAUGCUGUUCGUCAUUGGCAUCACCGGCGAGCGCAUGACCAUAUUCCGCAUCAUUUACAUGUUCCUCUUCCUCGCUUUUAUACUCAUGUUCCAGAUAAGUUGGUAUUGGUGGCGAAAAACAUUGUACAUGUUUUGGAUAGUGGUCAUCAUCUACUCAAUGAUAAAUCUUAUUUUGAUCUACAUUUAUCAAUUCGACAACUUUUCAAAAUUGAUUGAAAAAUAUAUGUUUAUCAACGAAAGUUUACAACAAGAUUUGGGAUUAGAACCGUACCAUCCGGCGGAUUUGUUUGUCAAACUAUUAACACCGACGUUGUUCCUCAUCAUAACAAUAUUGCAGGUUCAUUAUUUCCAUAAAGAUUUUAUGGCAUUAUCGGAUCCUAAGACGAGAACAAAUAGUAUAGCACCCAACAAUCCAGAGUCUGGUAAACCAAGUCAAGAUGGUGCCUCUACGAUGAGAGAUGAUUUGCCACCACUACCUUCUGAAGAUACAAAUCCUCGUUCGACUGCGACAGAGCCAGAUCAGUCAUUGGAAGUAUCUUCACUAACUGGCCAACAGAAGUUAAUGCAAAGUAGACAAUUUUCGAUGUCCCGUACGAACUUGCGGUCUCCGGUAACAGAACGACCUUCAACUGCGCUGUGGUCGUUGGUGAAGCGCACAUACAACGCAUCCAAACACACUGCACAGGAGAUCAUUGACCGGAUCUUCAUGUACUUGGACCUACAUCUCAUCAAGAUCGUCUUCAUAUCCCUGAUGCUGCUUUGUGUUAUGAAUGUGUGUGCCAUGCAUGUGCCUAUAAUGUUGAUAAUUGCACCGGCAUUGUGGCUCAACGCGUCGAAACAACGAGUCUGCGUGCUCUUUAUAUCGACACUAAUCAGUAUAUAUUUCAUGGCUAAGAUGGUCUACCAGAUCGGUUACAUCAAGCAUCGUAGUUUUGAUGUCAACUGCUCUAUUGCCGGCCUUUUCGAUAUCAAGUUUUCGAAUUCGUCGUCAUCGGCAUAUAACAACGCUGAAUGGCUUGGGUUUACGAAAGCUACAAAUGAAAAGCCCUUAGUGGUCGUUCUAAAAGGAUACAUCGGACUUUUAGCUGUAUUCAUAUUCUAUGCCCUAGUGACAUAUAGACAAAAAGCGCUGAGAGAAUCUGGCGCUUUACCAAAAGAGAGAAUAAAAACAAUAUUCCCUGAUAUAACUCGCAAGGAGGCAGACAUAGACCUGAUCCACUGCAUCAAAUACUUGAUUAACUAUGGAUUCUAUAAGUUUGGUGUGGAGAUAACCAUGAUCUGUUUAAUGGGUGUGAUCGGGUCUCGUAUGGACGUGUACGCAGUAUUGUACGCGGCGUGGUUGCUAGUACUGGUCUCCAUAAAGCGAGUCGCGCAGAGUAGGUUGUGGAGUACGUUCACAGCCACUAUCACGUUCCUUGUACCCAUCCAGUAUAUGAUUGCUGUGGGCUUCCUACCGGAGCUUUGUGUUUCUUACCCGUGGGAUUCUGACGAUCAGCAAAUGAAACAUGUCCGUACAUGGCUGUUCCUGCCAUAUGCAGAACAACCUCCACACGCAUACAAGCUGAUCUUUGAUUUCUUCCUAUUAUUGUUCGCGACUCGCCAGCUGAAGGUAUUCCGCAUAGAAAAGAACUCCACGAACUACGCCGGAGGCUCAAACGAAGAGAAUAUUGGUAAAAAUUGGGAAACACCCGAUUUUGUUAACCCUGUACCAGAUUUCCUUGGUUAUGUUGGGACCUGGUUGGACGUUGUGAAACGCAUGGUGUUCUUGGGUAUGUUAUGGGUUACGCUGGCCAUCAUGUUCAUGACGGGCACCAAUCGAGUGAACCUGUUCUCCAUGGGGUAUCUCAUCGGCUCCUUUAUAUUCCUCUGGCAAGGAACUGACUUCUACUUGCGUCCUAAAGAUGCUAUUUUGAAAUGGUGGUCAUGGUUAGUUCGUUACAACGUGUCAGUGGUAGUGGUGAAGACGUUGCUUCAGAUCCCGGGCUGUAUAUUCAGCUCAGUGAUGCAGGAACACGCCUGCUGGCUGGUCCAGCUGCUGGGUAUCGGAUGUGUGGACAAAUUCGCUGGGGGAAAUAUCGCCAGGUUCCUUAAGAUGCAGUAUGUUAAGGAGGCGGCCUGUUCCGUACCUCAAGAAGAUAUAGGAUUAGCAUGGGAUGGUGUUUGCUUCGCCUUCCUCAUCUUACAGAGGAGAUUGUUCCAUAGUUAUUAUUUCUACAGAGUUAUCGACGAAAGCAAGGCUACUACAGUACUUGCUUCGAGAGGUGCAGAAUUAAUAGAGGAACUCCGACAAAAACAAAUGAAAAUACAGGAAGACCAAGAGAUGAAAAUCUUGGAGAAAAUCAAAGUGAAAAUGGAAAGGAUUAAGGCAAAUCAGAAAAAGAUUCAAGGGGCAAUAGCGAAAGAACCCGCGCAUCAUGAUAUUGCGCGGGACAGAACAACGUAUAGGCCGCCAUCAAGCCAUCAGAAGGCCAUUCGUUCGGGAGACUACUACAUGUUCGAUGAAUUCGACGAUACAGACGUCCAUAUGAAUGAAGACGAAUCUAGCUCAGACGAGGACGCACCUAGGGAGAUGGGAAUUGGCAAGCUCCUGUCCACGAUGAUCAAGACGGACUUGAAGCACGCCGUGGGGCUGCGGCGCGCCUCGGCCCCCAACGUUCGGUCCACCAGACGUGUCUCCAUCGGCAGCGAACCGCUCUCCUACCCGCAGGUCGCAGGUCGUAAGACGUCCGUCCAUCAAGUCAGUGACUCACAUCUGACUGAACAGGAGCGGCCGCUGACGGAUAUUGACGAAUUCGCACCACUGCCAGACAAUGAAGAGACCAUAGUGGAUAAGCUACGACAAGUGGUUGACACGGCGUGGGCGUUCAUAUCCAGCAUCCUGGUGUCGAUCACACGACAUUUGAUGAAGUACUCACGGGACUAUCGAUAUGUAUCGAAAACUCUUUCAGUUGAAAAGAAAAUAUUAAAGGAAAAGGAGGGCUUCGGUAUUGGAAUCCGAGAAGGAUCGCAGAUGAUAUGGGAACCCUUACCAGAGACAUUAGAAAAACACCAUGACGUCACGACUCUGGAGGAGCAAGAUGACUCGAUGUUCAAGCAAGAUCGGUCCCCGUUCGUACACCUCGGCUAUGCGCUGUGGUAUGCAGUAUUGGCGCAUACAGAUAUAGUAUGCUAUAUCAUGGUGUUUAUUAAUCAGAUACAAUCGGCGACAAUAUUGUCCAUACCGCUUCCCUUGAUGGUGUUCAUGUGGGGCACGCUGACCAUACCGCGACCCACCAAGACAUUCUGGGUUACUCUGAUCGCUUACACUGAGGUCAUAGUACUGAUAAAGAGUAUGUUCCAAUUCGAGAUUCUCCCGUGGAAUCAGAAGGUGAUACCGGCAGACAUGCCGUUCACUGCGCCACGGAUCAUUGGUAUUGAGAGGAAAUUCAACUACGCACUUUAUGAUCUACUACUGCUGCUCAUUAUCUUCUUACAUAGGUUUAUGUUGAAAUCACUCGGGCUAUGGAAGGAAUCUUCACCAGAAAUUGAAUUAAGAGAAGAUAUGGAAUACCCGCUAAAUGCUGAAGAUACGCAGUUGGUCGCCGAGGGUCAUAUUACUGAAGUAGGCCGCAAAUAUGUGAAGCUGCACGACCAGAUAGGACCGCCUGGCGAGUCAGAUGAGAGGCGUGCAGAAAACUUUGGUAGUGGAGGUCAAGCGCAUAGCUCUGAAUUUGAUGAAAAUGAAGCAGGACCUUCGAAAUCCGCAGAAGAUGAUCAUUACAAAGUGAACGACGAUCAAGAACCGAUUAUUGCAGUGUCGACGACAUUGGAGAACACAUACAAGCAUUACCCAGAAGUAAUGCUGUUAUCAGUAAAGCGCUACCUCCGUCCGGUCCAUCGAUUCUUCCAGCGCAUGUUAGCGCCGGGCGCGCGCGUUACCGCCGAUAUUUACGCCUAUAUGUUCCUUUGUGACUUCUUCAACUUCCUUGUCGUCAUAUUUGGAUUCGCUGCGUUUGGAACGCACCAAGGUGAUGGCGGAGUGCAAACAUACUUGGAAGAGAAUAAAGUACCGAUUCCCUUCCUCGUGAUGUUGAUCUUGCAGUUUGCGCUAAUAGUCAUAGACCGUGCGCUAUACUUGCGCAAGUUCAUGCUCGGCAAGAUAUUGUUCCAGUAUGCGCUCAUUAUAGGAGUCCAUAUCUGGAUGUUCUUCGUUCUACCUUUUAUUACUGAACGAACAUUCAACGCCCUGCUCCCGCCCCCGAUGUGGUACAUGUUGAAGUGUAUCUACUUGUUGCUGUCCGCGUACCAGAUCCGCUGCGGUUACCCGCGCCGUAUCAUCGGGAACUUCCUCUGCAAAUCAUACCACUUCCUCAACAUGAUGUUCUUUAGAGGAUUCAUGACGGUGCCAUUCUUAUUCGAGCUGCGGACUCUUAUGGACUGGAUAUGGACGGACACGUCUAUGAAUCUAAUGGAUUGGCUCAAAAUGGAAGAUAUCUUCGCCAGUGUCUUUCUCUUAAAGUGUUCCCGAUACUUGGAAGACGAGUUCCCUCAGCCGCGCGGCGUUAAGAAAGCCAACUCCUCGAAAUACAUACUAGGAGGAGGAGUACUAGCCUUCGUCAUUGCCAUCAUAUGGUUCCCACUCGUAUUCUUCGCCUUUGGAAAUACGGUCGGAGAACCAAACCCGCCUACAGACGUUACAGUAAAGAUCCGCAUCGGUCCGUUCCUUCCUGUAUACCAAAUGUCUGCGCAAUCGCACAACAUCGAUGUGUUCACGGAGCAGGACUACACUCAGUUGAGCAACAUGUACGCGCGCGACCGCACGGCGCAGACGUUCCUGUCCAACUACAUGUACAACGACGUCGCCGUCAUCACCAUCAACCCCAACUCCACGCUCAAGUGGGAGAUCUCGCCGCCAGAGCUCGACCGACUCAAGCGAGAGGCGGCCUCUAAUGCAACAUUAAUGGUGAAGUUUACGUACGUGAUAACGCAUCCAACAAAUGCGGUGCCGAAUCCGCCGACUAUAGAGGAUCACCGCGAGGUUCCCAUCCAUGCGUACGUGGACGGACAACCCAACCCACAGAGGGAAACUCUACGGAAACUGCUCGACGGCACUACCGACCCUGAUACCUGGUUAACCGUGAAGUACUUGUUCCCGAAGUUUUUGAAGGUGUUCAAUAAGGGCACCACCAAACCGGCAUACCAACUAAUGCCGACACAAAUAGAAGAAGAUGAUAAUAUCGACACCGAAUACGGUGAGGAAGCCAUCGUCUACCGUGAUGUGCUUCUUCGGCUGGAGAGAGAUAUAGAGAAGGAUGUGAUGUACUGGCGCGUUCGAGAAUCUUGUUCCAUGCGGGAUCCAUUGCUGUCGGUCCCACUAAAUAACUGCGACAUGCUGGUCAUGUACACUUUUAACGAUAAGCUGUUCCCCGAGACAUUAAACUUUAUAUCAGGCAGUGGUAUCAUUGGAUUAUACACGACGUUCGUGUUCUUGGCGUCUCGAGUCCUGCGAGGAUUCUUCUCAGGAAUUUACACGAGGAUCAUGUUCGAUGAUCUACCAAAUGCUGACAGAGUACUACAACUGUGUCUUGACAUUUAUUUGGUACGUGAAGCACUCGAGCUCGCUUUGGAAGAAGAUCUGUUUGCUAAAUUAGUAUUCCUCUACCGGUCCCCUGAAACUAUGAUAAAAUGGAGUCGACCUAAAGAUGAGGAAAAUAUGGAACAGCCAGCGCUGCCACCAUCUCGCUGAACUAAGUAACUCUAUAUUUAGUUUUACAGAUAAAUGUCAUAAGGCGUAAAGUCAACUGUAGUCUAAAACUUUAUUUAUUUAAAUCUAAGGUUACUCCAAGAUUCAAAUUGUCAUUAAUAAAUAAAGAUAGCCUGUGGGCUAUCUAGUAGUUGUGUAAUAGUUUUUGUAAGUAGUUUUAUAUUUUAUAACUUUAUGCCAAUGAAAUUUUAUCCAGGUACUCGACGUUUAUUAAAUAAAUGAAACCUAUUUUACAAAUCAUAUUUCCACUACGAGAAACUACAAGUUUAUACCCUAUUUUUUGUUAUUUUUCAACUUCUUAAUCGUCCAUAUUGUUAUUAUUUAUGAAUAUGUAUAUUAAAUACGAUGUGCACCCAAUACAUCGAUUUUAGAUACGUAAGUUGUACAGUAAAAUAGUUUUAAUCUAAGAAUAAUCAUGGUGCAUAUUUUCAUAAUUCAAUUCGGCAAGGUUCUGAAAAUUGCUAAAUCUUUUAAUGUUCCUACCUUACUAAUUAAAUUGAGCCUAAGCAAAUCAACAUUCAAGAAUAAAGCAAAAUUACUUAUUGCGUCUUUAAGUACAUAGUUAUAUAUAAAGACCGAAUAAAAAAUUCAAUGGGACAUGCUAACUAGAGCCAAUAUUUUGCAAUUUUUCACGAUAUCAUGUAUAAAGAAAGAUAUACAUAAAAAAACUGGCUGUUGAAGUAUGUACUUAAAUAAUUACUUCCAUCUUAGUGUUAAUCACUCGCUCUCUUAUUUAAUAUUGAAAGUUUUACUGUAGUUUUUUAACUCUUUAUAAUGCGGAUUCUUGAUUGCAAAUAUUGUUUUAUUUGCUGUUUAGAAUUCUAGUUAUUCGCUUUGUUUUUGCAGAUGUUUAUGUAUAAAUGUUUUAAAUAAUGUUGAGUCUAUUAGAAAUUACUAUUAUGAAAGUUACCAGUAAGUCAUUUUGUACUGAUAAAUUGAAAAUGUUUAUGUAUGUUUAGAAUGGUUUUAGUUAUUUACUAUACAAAGUCACCAUUAUAAUGUUUGACUGCACAAAUGAUGGUAUAUAAAUUACGAUUUAUAUGAUUGGUUUAAAAAGCAACAUCAAGUUUUAACUCUAUUUACAAAUCAUUGCAUUUGAUAUUACUUAAUUAAAUUAAAUGUGUAAGUGAAUUAUACAUAUUGUACACUUUUGUAUUAUGGUUGUUGUAUUUAAGCUGCAUUUAAUGUUGUCGAUUUGUGAUAAUAAAAGUCAAUGAAAUAUUGUAAGUAUUUUAUUAUUAGAAUUAAUACAAUACAUAUUAAAAACAUCAAAAAGAAAGUUUUCAAUAAUAAAAUCGUUUUAAUGAAAUGAAAUAGGUAUUUUAUACUUAAUUUACAACCAUCAACCUUGGCGCAAUAUUCAUGGACAUCAGUUCUUGGAACAAUAACUUCGCAGCAUAUGGCAGUCUUAUUUGCGAUAUUUGGGUCUUAUUCUUACAUCCUUUACAUUCAAAAGUAUUAUUUCUCAAGUUUGCAAUGGCAAUAAGACCACAGAAGUUGCAAACGUGUAUACGAUAAGGAUCAGACACUUCGAAAAGACGUUCACGUAGGAAUUGUGCCGCGCCAUGAGCAAUUUGACAAUCCCGUUCCAUUUCUCCGAAACGUAAUCCACCAUCUCUAGCUCUGCCCUCCAUAGGUUGCCUCACUAAAAUCUGCACAGGUCCUCGAGCUCUUGAAUGGAUUUUGUCAUCCACCAUAUGUUUCAGACGUUGAUAAUAUGUGGGACCCAAAAAUACUUGGGCAUUUAUCUUUCGUCCUGUAUGUCCGUUAUACAUAACUUCAUUACCACGCAGAUGAUAGCCAUACUCUUGCAGUAGCGAAGAUAUUUUCUGCACAUUUACAGCAUCAUUGAAUGGUGUUGCAUCACCAAUUUCUCCUUUGUUAGAAGAUACUUUGCCCUGGAUGCAUUCAAUUAAAUGGCCAAUUGUCAUACGAGAUGGGAUAGCGUGUGGAUUAAUAAUAAUAUCAGGAGUUAUACCCUCACAAGUAAAUGGCAUAUCUUCUUGCCUAUACUGAAUUCCGCACGUUCCUUUUUGACCAUGGCGGGAAGCAAACUUGUCCCCGAUUUGAGGAAUACGCACUGAUCUGACACGAAUUUUGCAGAAUUUGUAACCUUCGCUAUUUAGUGUUAACAUCACCUGGUCGACAAUACCAGUUUCACUAUUACGGAGAAAUGUUGAUGCAUCACGUUUUGUGUAACGUUUUGUUGUACCUUCUAAUUCAUCAUCAUUUUCAGGUAGUGUGAUUGUUUUUCCAAUAACUACGUCAUCACCAGAUACUCUUAUACCCGGCGCAAUAAUGCCAUCAUCAUCUAAUUUGUCGUACAAAGCGUUUCUCAUGCCUUGACAUGUUUGUCGAGUAGGUUUUUCAAACUGUUCCUCUUGGUCACCAAUCCUUUUAGAUUCUGAAUCCUUAUAAGAUCUGUAAAAUACGGACCGGAAGAAUCCUCUUUCUACAGCAGAUGCGUUCAGAAUAACACUAUCUUCUUGAUUGUAGCCUGUAUAGCACAAAAUUGCUACGAUCGAAUUAAUGCCUGCAGGCAAUUCUCUAAACCGCAGAUAUUCCAUGGAUCUUGUAGUAACCAAUGGCUUGUGUGGGUAAUAUAACACAUGAGCCAGAGUGUCCAUUCUUACAUGGAAGUUAGUAAUGUAAACACCCAUAGCUUGCUUACCCAUAGCACUUUGGUAGGUAUUCCUAGGGCUCUGGUUGUGAUCAGGGAAUGGUAUGAUUGAUGCACACACACCCAGUAUCAUAGCAGGAUGAAUUUCACAGUGAGUAUAUGUAGUACAGUAAGCAUAUUCCUUUACUUGAGCUAAGUCAUCAGGGCUCAUUGCGAUCAUUACAGUCUCUUCCUCCAAGGUGUCUAUGUAUUCAACAACACCACUCGCUACAAGAUUUUGCCACCCAUAGUUAUUAAAAUCACGUUCCUUAAGAUCAUCAAUGUGUUUCUUCUUUAAUAGCAAAGCUCCAUUUUCGACAAUUAACAAAGGGCGACAUAUUCUGCCAGCGUCUGUGUAAAUUCUUAUUUCUCUGUCUCUAAUGUCACGAAUCAUGCUCACUUCAGAAACAAUAAUAUCCAUUUGACGUCUUAGUUUUCUUAAAGUAGCCAUUAAUUGCUCUGGGUCUCUGUGAAUACCAACCCAACAGCCAUUUACAAAUAUUUUUGUGGCAUCAGCUAUAGCUGAAGGUGCAAUUUCCUCCAAAUUUUCCAUAGACCACUCUUCCAAGAACUCAAGAAUGGGAGAUGGCUGACUGCCUACCGAAAUAUAAGCCAUUAAGGCUAGAUUUUUCACUAAACCUACAGCAGCACCUUCAGGUGUUUCGGCAGGACAAAUCAUACCCCAUAAAGUGUUAUGUAAUUGACGAGGUUUGGCUAGCUUACCAUCUCGACCAAUUGGAGAGUUCACACGUCGCAAAUGUGAUAAUGUUGAAGCAAAGGUUAACCUAUUCAAUACUUGUGAUACUCCAGCUCUAGCUUGAUGGGCCUUCUUUUGGUCGCCCCAAUUUCCAGUAGCAAGGGAAUAUCUUAACCCAUCAGUUAUAAUUUUAGUUUUAAUAGCCAAUUCCAAAUUAAAGUCCUUUCCUCUGUCAAUGAAUUUCUGGGCAUACAUUCUUACUUCUUUUAACAGAUUUUUAAAUAGACCUCUAAACAAAAAUGCAAGUAAAGGUCCGGCUAAAUCUAAACGCUUGUUGCCAUAAUGAUCUCUGUCAUCUAGCUCACGACGUCCUAACGCAGCAAGCAACAAACGAUGUACCAUAUAGCCCAGAAAAUAAGCUUUUUUAGUUUCACAGAAAUCUGACACUCCAACAUGAGGUAACAUUUCUUUUUGUAGAAUUUCUCUUGCAUAUUUGAUACGCUUUUCUUUAGUAACACCUGGGCGAGCACCACGGGCACCAAUGAAAUUAAGAGCCACAUUCUGUUCCUGAAUUACAAAAGCUUCAUCUAAGGAAGGUUUGACCAUUUCCAUCAUUUCAGGGUCAUCAAAAUCAUAGAUAAUGUGCUCCAAUAUAUCUCUAUCAGCAACAAAACCGAGAGCUCUGAAUACAAUCAUUAUAGGAAUUUCUUGUUUGAUAUAUGGAACAAUCGCAAUUAUUCUUUGUCCAAUUGCAGAUUUUUUUAUAUUCUGGCCACCACGAGCCAUCAUGUUAACCCAUAAAGUAGAAGUGGGCCUAGAACUGUGCUCUAGGCAUGAUCGGAUCUCUGUUUUAUAAGCAAAUUUACCAUCUUUCAUACUGAAUACAUAUACAGUAUUUGUUGCCAUCUUUUCCUGGGCAAUUAGUACUUUUUCAGAACCAUUGAUAAUAAAGUAACCACCAGGGUCAAGUGGACAUUCAUUUAAUUCAGACAAGUCUCUGUCUGUUAAGUUAUUCAGAAGACAAUAGGUAGACCGAAGCAUAAUCGGAAUUUUGCCAAUAAAUGUUUUUUGAUGCUGGGUUUCAAUAGGGUCUUCAUGUUCCUUCACAAUUGUUUUGGUUAUAUCCACAUACAGUGGAGCAGAAUAAGUCAAGUUUCGCAGACGAGCUUCAUUAGGCAUCAUAGGUGAGGGAGCACCAUCUUUUUCCCAGUGUGUAGGCUUUGAUAAGUAGAUUUGAUCGAAUUUUAGAAGAUAUUUUGGUGGAGUUUCAAUUUCACCCGAUGAAUGCUGAGCUUCAGCUUGUAAUUCUAUAGGUGGUGAAUCUUCUACGAUACGCUGGACUGACAUUUGAAUGAAUUCAUCAAAACUGUCUAAUUGUUGGCGUACCAAACCUUUUUCAUCAAAAUAAGCGUUGAUGACGAUCCAACAAGCUUCUUGCCAAAGCUCCGAUGAUAUUUCCUCCACGUCAAUUUCUUCAUACUGAUCAUCUUCUGUUUCGUACAUAAUUAAAAGGAGAACUAAAAGUUCUCCUCGAUAAGACUAUUACCAAUUAAAACACAAAACACUAAGUCAAAUUAAUUCUCUCUUCAACUCGACUUGCCCAAACCAGUCGCUGACUGAAUGAGU